AUUUAAUUGCAGCGCAUUCCACCCAGUCAACUCAUAGUUCUGUCGAUCGUCGGAAGUUCGAGACGUGAGUGUCAGUCGAGAUCUGCGAGAUGUUGCCGCUCCAAUUCGUUUUGCUGGGCUGUCUGUUCAUCGCUCAGGGGAUAUGCCACACUCUGCCGGAGCCCAAGCUAAGGGUGCCCCGUGAAACUAUCAGCAUUCCCACUCAUCUCUUUAAGCCAGUGAGUCCGAAAUCGAGCAGGGAACCUAUUUCUAAUAGAUCCUCCUUAAAUGGCGGAAAUAGCUCUGCCCUGGUCGAGGCAGAUAACGAUGUCGAGUUUCUAGAGAGAUCUAGCGGUGAAGUGGAGGAGGUGACCGACGCCUACGAAGAGGAGGACGUUCCACUCCGACCUAUCCCAUUCCAACCUCGACCGUUUUAUCCUCAGAGUCCUCCCCGAUCCAACGGUUUCCCCAUUCGUCAACCCAUCUAUGACAAUGCAUUCCAAACCGAUUACAAUGUGGGUCCCAGAGGCAGCGGCUUCGACAACAGACCUUUUCCCAGUUCCCCGGAUUUCCGUGGCAGAGGCGGUCGACCAAUUCCUGACUCCCCAUUCCGCAAUCAAAACUCAGGAACCUUUGUAUCUCGACCGGUACCCAUGUCAUCUAGUGGUUCCAUUAUCCCCCUAAUCUCCGGUGGCCUCAGUGUUCCGACUGGUAGAAGUGGUCCCCUUGGUUCCGGGGGUUCUUCGAACAACUUUUACCGGAGCGAAUCCUAUAGCUACACCUCGGACGGAAGAGGACCUCCCCAGAUCGAGCGGGACUUGUACGACUCACGGGAUGGAUUUGGUUCAUCUUACCGCAACUUUUAAACCCUUUCCUAAUAGAUGCUUAUGAAUGAAAGUUCCGAGUUCUCAAAAAUAACUAGUUGAGGCUAACUGACUUGUCUGUCUAAUGUGAAGAUUCUUACCAUUACAAAUAAUUAGUUAUUUUACUUUCUGCAUGGUUUAUUUAUUAGACUAAAUAACAAUUGUAUUGAAUAGGAUGAAUGAAAGUCAUUAAAACUAUCGAAUUGAAA